UUCUAUUUUAGAGGUUAUAUUUAUAUUUACCAUACACGUUCUUUUAAUUAAAUAUAAUAAGAACUAAUAACAUGUUCUAUAUAAUUGGUUUAGGCUUAGGGGAUUACAAAGACAUUACCGUAAAAGGUCUAGAAAUAGUUAAAAAAUGUGAAAGAAUAUAUUUGGAAGCAUACACUUCGAUACUAACAUGCGGCGCCGAUGCACUGGAAGAAUUCUAUGGAAAAAAGAUCAUAACAGCUGAUAGGAAUUUGGUUGAGACAGAAGUUGAUGAAAUCUUAGCUGGUUCGGAGAAUACAGACAUAGCUUUACUGGUUGUUGGUGACCCAUUUGGAGCCACAACCCACACUGAUAUUAUUUUAAGGGCGAUACAGAAGGGUAUUAAAUACCAAGUUGUGCACAAUGCUUCAAUAAUGAAUGCAGUAGGAUGUUGCGGCUUACAAUUGUACAGUUUUGGUGAAACAGUGUCUAUACCUUACUGGAUGGAUGGUUGGGAGCCAGACAGUUUUUAUGACAAGAUUGUUGCAAAUUAUGAACACAAAUUGCACACACUUUGUUUGUUGGAUAUCAAGGUUAAAGAGCCAACUUUAGAGAGUUUAACAAAAAAGAAAAUUGAGUAUAUGCCUCCAAGAUUCAUGUCAGUCAGUGAGGCAGCUCAACAGUUGAUUACAAUUAUUGAAAGAAAAAGAGAAAAUGGAGAUAAUCCCAUUGUUACAGAAGAUAGUCUAUGCAUUGGACUGGCAAGAGUGGGUUCAGACUCACAACAACUGGUAACUUGCUCUUUAAAAGCUAUGGCAAAUGUUGAUUUGGGUGGACCUCUACAUUCCAUGAUCAUAGCAGGACCUGUUCUACAUCCUCUGGAGACUGAUUAUAUAGAACAAUUCAAAAUAUAGAUAUUUCAAACGGU